UCUUUGUUUGAACUUUUGUCAUCACCCUCCAAAUCUCAUUUUCCCAAAAUAACUUCAAAAAAACGCCUCCCGCUCACUCUAAAAUUUUCGAAAAAACUCAACUCAAACAUCUGGCGGUAUAUAAACCUCUCAUUUUCCUUCAAUCUCCAAACUCUUUGCUCUUCUUUUUCUCGUUUCUUUCUUGUAACUGAAAGAGAAAGAGCGAGGAAAAGGGAGAGGUGCAUUAAUGGCGGAUUCAGAAAAUUGUGGUAGAGUUACGCGUUUAGCAAAGAAAAGGGCAGCAGAGGGUAUGGCUCCACAAGAACAACGAAGGCCGAGUAAGAAGAGGGUUGUUUUGGGUGAGAUUCAGAAUUUUUCUAUUGUGGGUUUGAAACAGAUUAAGGGUUUGGAGAGUAAAAUUCAGAAACCCAAAUCUAAGAAGAAGGUGAAAAGGGUUGUGACUUGUAAGACUGUUGAUGAGAAGGAAGUGAGUGCUAUUGAUGAUGAUGUUGAUGACCCUCAGAUGUGUACAACUUAUGUUUCUGAUAUAUAUGAUUACCUUCGUAAAAUGGAGAUUGAUGAAAAGAGGAGACCUUUGCCUGAUUACUUAGAGAAAGUUCAAAAGGAUGUGAGUGCAACCAUGAGAGGAAUAUUGGUUGAUUGGCUGGUGGAAGUUUCAGAGGAAUACAAGCUACUUUCAGACACAUUAUACCUUACUGUUUCCUACCUCGACCGAUUCUUAUCCACAAAUGUCAUCACCAGGCAAAAACUUCAGCUUUUAGGUGUUUCCUCGAUGCUUAUUGCUGCGAAGUAUGAGGAGAUUAGUCCACCGCAUGUUGAAGAUUUUUGUUACAUUACGGACAAUACAUAUACGAAGGAAGAGGUUGUGAAGAUGGAAGCUGAUGUGCUAAACUCGCUCCAAUUUGAGAUGGGGAAUCCCACUGUGAAAACAUUUCUCAGAAGAUUUACUGGGAUUGCUCAAGAAGAAUAUAAAACCCCCAAUUUGCAGUUGGAGUUCUUGGGCUAUUACCUAUCAGAGUUAAGCAUAAUGGAUUAUAGCUGUGUGAAAUUCUUACCUUCUUUGGUGGCUGCUUCUGUUAUGUUCCUUUCAAGGUUUACACUACAACCAAAUGCACAUCCAUGGAGUGCAGCUCUUCAACGAUAUUCGGGAUAUAAAGCAUCAGACUUGAAAGAAUGUGUUCUUAUCCUACAUGACUUGCAAUUAAGUAGACGUGGUGGUUCUUUGGUUGCUGUGAGGGACAAAUAUAAGCAACAUAAGUUCAAAUGUGUGUCAACGUUGACCUCCCUCGUGGAAAUACCAGCUUCAUUCUUUGAAGAUACAAGACAGUUAUGAAUUAUGCUUCUGCUUGGACAUAUAGCUUAGAGAGUACCAACGGUUCCCAGAACGAAUGGACUGUGUUCUUGGUUUUGCUCAACUUGGAUGGCUGGCCAACGGUGCUUUAAGGGCGUGGAGGACAUAACUUUGUUUUAGUAAUUUUUGCAGUCCUAUGCAAGAAUUUACUAGUUGGUAGUAAGAUAAAAGUUUGACAAUUUUUUGUAGCACAGUCAGAAAUUGGUAGAUGUUUUGGCUUUAGAACCAUUGAAUAGAUUGUGAAGUUAUUGGUUCCAUUUACUAGUCUAGUAUUCUAGAGAUGAUGUUUGGUAGUAUUUGAUAGAGAUUCAAAUCAUUCUAUGUAAAAAGCCCAAAUAGCUUCAGAGUUAAAGAAUACAUUAGUUGAAUUAAUUGGGUUCAUUUUCAGAAGUACUUAGUUGUA